AUGGCCCAGCAGUUCCAAUCCUGGAACCUGCAUAAAAAGCUGGAUGUCCUUUCUCCUCGUUGGGCGUCUGAAGGCAACGCAGGUCACCAGAAGCUCUACUGGAGUCACCCACGGAAGUUCAGCCAGGGUUCUCGCUCUUGCCGAGUCUGCUCCAACCGCCGCGGUCUGAUUCCCAAAUACCGGCUGAACAUGUGUCGCCAGUGCUUCUGGCAGUACGCGAAGGACAUAGGCUUCAUUAAGUUGGACUAAGCGACCUUGAAUGGAUUGUUCGACUGACUACCAAGUGGAACGGAUGAUGCUAGUCUCUGUGCACAAAGAAUAAAAAUGUGAAGACCUUAAAAAAAAAUAAAGCUGGAUGU